AUGGCGGCGGGAGGGAUGAUGAUGCGCGCUGGCGGGCUGCGAGCGGGCGUGGAGCGGGGAGCACAGCAGCACCAGAGGAGAGGCAGGGCCCGCACGGCCACGGUCGUGCGCCGCGCGGGGCUCUUCGGCGGGAUGUUUGGCGGCAAGAAAGACGAGGAUAAGAAGGCCGCGCCCGCGAAGCCGCAGCCACCACCGAGCCAGGAGGCCGGGGCGCCGACCCCGCGGUACGCAACAGUGGUGGAGACCCCGGACUACGAGCUGCGCCUCUACAAGCCGUUCUACGCGGUGCAAACGCCGUACAAUGUACGCGACGAGGGCUUCGAGGCACUGAGCAGCUAUCUGGGCGGCGAAAACGACAAGAACAUGCGGCUGCCGGCCUCACAGCCGGUCUUCAUGAACUAUGUGCCUGGCGAGCCGAAAAGGAUGUCCCUCAUGAUCCAGCUGCCCGACGACGGCGACUCCGACGUGCCCCCGAACCCCGCCAACGCAGACGCGACCAUCGAGGUGCUGGCGGGGCAGACAGUGGCCGUGAAGAAGUCGUUCGGAAACCUGACGCCGGAGGCCGCGGACGCGAUGCGCACGGCGCUGCUCGAGGAGCUCCGCCGGGACGGCAUCCCGCCCGGGCCGGACGCGGAGUCCGGCAGCUUCGUCAUCGCGCAGUACGGACCCCUGUUCUCGCUGCAGGCGCAGAAGCGCGAGGUGAUGGUGAACGUCAAGGUCUGA